GUGGAGGAUUAGGACUGAGUUGGCUACUACACCACACACUACCACAUGGGCUUUGAUCAGAACUGAGAACUGAGAACUGAGGCAUUCAUUUAAUGAGAGGUCCAUUUACUAUACUACAGCAUAGGAGUCCGCGUUAUUGAAGGGAGGGAGGAGGAUGCAAAAGAAAAGAGAAAGCUGAAGUGUCAGUUUUGGCGUGCACAACUCAGCAACGUGCACCCCAGAAAUUGAAUGGUCUCUGCACACUUUCUCACUUCAAAUCAAAGACCAAAAUGCAUUAGGAAAAAAGUGCCAAUCUUCUCUUCCUGAAGGCUGCUAAAACUACUAUAAUACUUUGUCAUUUAGUGUACUUAGAGUUACUUACAUACACAGAUGCAUCAGAAAAAAGAAGAAGAAAGAAACCAUAUCAACUCAUUCUCUGAUUGAUUGUUCUUUUUCUUUCUUUUUUGUUUUACUUUUUCUUUUCUUGUUUUUCUCCUUCAUCAGCUUCUGCCUCUGUUGAAUGUUGAAAUUUGAAACUCAGUUUGGUGCUCCUCCUGACUCCCUACAUACACAAACAAACGCACUGUCAUGCACUGCAACAACACCUGUUGCACUGCACCAUUUGUCUUGUCCAUCUUCUAUUGAACUCCCACUGUGUGUGACUCUCUCCGCACUUUUUUUCGGUUGAGUCGGCAUCAACUGAGAGGAAGCAGAUCUUAUUAUUGUCAAGAUGAAGUUCAUGAAGCUUGGUUCUAAGCCUGAUACCUUUCAAACUGAUGGAAACAAUGUUAGGUAUGUGGCAAGUGAGUUGGCAUCAGAUAUUGUUGUUAAUGUAGGGGAUAUAAAGUUUUAUCUACACAAGUUUCCUCUUCUAUCGAAGAGUUCUCGCUUACAGACAUUGAUCUCCCUCAAUAAUGAAGAAAAUGUAGAUGAAGUUCAAAUUUUUGACAUUCCUGGUGGUGCAAAUACCUUUGAGAUAUGUGCUAAGUUUUGCUAUGGCAUGACUGUUACCCUCAAUGCUUACAAUGUAAUAGCAACUCGAUGUGCAGCAGAGUAUCUUGGAAUGCAUGAGGCCAUUGAGAAAGGGAACCUCAUCUACAAGAUUGAUGUUUUCCUUAGCUCUAGCAUUUUCCGUAGUUGGAAGGAUUCAAUCAUCCUUCUUCAGACUUCAAAGUCUAUGUUACCCUUGGUUGAGGACCUAAAGGUUGUCAGUCAUUGCAUUGAAUCUAUAGCAAAUAAGGCAUGCGUUGAUGUAUCCAAAGUUGAUUGGUCCUACACCUAUAACCGGAAGAAGCUUCCAGAGGAAAAUGGGAUUGAGUCCAACCAGAAUGGACUCAGAACUCGACUGGUGCCAAAAGACUGGUGGGUUGAAGAUUUAUGUGAGCUUGAAGUUGAUUUGUACAAGUCUGUGAUUACGAAUAUUAAAUCCAAGGCAGUUCAAUCUAAUGAAGUAAUUGGCGAAGCUUUGAAAGCUUAUGCUUAUAGAAGAUUGCCAAAUUUCAGCAAGGGUAUGAUCCAGUGUGGGGAUGUAUCCAAGCACCGUUUAAUAGUUGAAACUAUUGUGUGGUUGCUGCCUACUGAGAAAGGCAGUGUUCCUUGUAGGUUCUUACUCAAGUUAUUGAAAGCUGCCAUUUUUGUAGAAUCGGGAGAUAGGACUAAAGAAGAGCUGGUAAAGAGAAUUGGGCAGCAACUGGAGGAGGCUUCUGUAAGUGAUAUUUUGAUUCAAGCACCAGAUGGGGCUGCUACAAUCUAUGAUGUUAGUAUAGUACAGAACAUUGUUAGAGUGUUUUUUAUUAAGGAUCACAAUGCUGAGAUUGAGUCAGUUGGGCUGGAUGAACUUGAGGGGAUAAGAAAACCAGGGAUUUUAUCAGAUGCUUCUAAGCUGAUGGUUGCAAAGCUCAUAGAUGGGUACCUUGCUGAAAUAGCAAAAGAUCCCAAUUUACCUUUCUCAGAGUUUGUUAAUCUUGCCGAGUUAGUGUCUAGCAUCUCUCGGCCAGCUCAUGAUGGCCUUUAUAGGGCUAUUGACACAUAUCUGAAGGAGCACCCUGGGAUCAGCAAAGGCGAAAAGAAGAGGAUAUGCAAGCUGAUGGAUUGUAGAAAGCUAUCAGUUGACGCGUGCUUGCAUGCAGUGCAAAAUGAGAGACUACCAUUGCGUGUAGUUGUGCAGGUACUAUACUUCGAGCAGUUACGGACUGCUGCAUCAUCAGGUACCAGCACUCCUGACAUACCUAGAGGAAUCAAAGACUUGAACAAUGAAUCGAAUGGAAGCUCAAGGUCAGGGACAACUAACCCAGAAGAUGAGUUGGAUGCUGUGGCCACAGCUGAGGAGCUGAAGGCGUUAAGAAAGGAACUUGCAUCAUUGAGGCUGAGCAAUGGAGUUGGAAACAAUGACAAAGAUGGAGACACCAAACCCAGCAUGGACAAGGCUGUCAUGGGGAAGGUGAAAGGGUUGCUCAAGUCAAAGAAGUCUUUCAUUAAGCUUUGGGCCAGCAAAGGGGGACAAGGUGAAAAUAGUGGCUCAGACUCAUCAGAGAGUAUGAGUUCUGCUAACCCAGAAGAAGCCAAAUCUACUCCAUCCAGAAAUAGGAGGCAUUCAGUUUCCUGAAAAGUAGUCUGGUUCAUUUUGUUGGCUUUUCUAUUAUUGUUUCUUUUCUUUCUUUUUACUAGUUUCACCAAGACAAGAUUCCAACACUAGUCGUGGUUUAUCUUUUUCUAAAUUGAGUAGAGUACAUAUAGUUUAAAAUAGUAGAAUUGUGAAGAAUGGAAAAUCAUAUAAUCCAAACAUCUAUUCUAUCAAAUAGUUGUUUAAACCCUCCCUUUGCACAUCAGUGGAAUUGAAAGCUCACCCCAUUUCUUAGUAA